AUGCUGCAAAAGUACAGUCGACAGCACUCGAUAGAUUUCGACGUAAACACGUAUCGACGGGCGAAAUUGAAAUUCCACGUCGUCGCUCGGUGCGCACUCGAAUUUGCACUUUUACCGUUGCAAUGGAGGGAGGCCUGGGCUGGUCAGAUCGCCCCGCGGCCAGGAAUAUACACGCGUUCCCAAUUAACGACGGCACUGCGGGGCUGUAAACGGAUAUGCGUUAUAUCGGCCCCGGGCGGGAAUAUAAUCCUCUGCGAGUCUAUAUACUAUUGGUUUCGGUUCCGCGUGGAGCGUCGUAAAAUA